AUGUCAUCCCCUCAAAGAGAAGGCUUUUCUGUCCCGGCAUCGAUUUCACAUGCUGCCCACGGACAUGUCAUCAACAAGUCUCUUGGUGUUAAGUACAACUGUGCUCAAUGUGCCUGUUCAUUCUCAUUAGGUAAGGGUGAUGCUAUCAGAUGUAAGGAAUGUGGUCACAGAGUCAUUUACAAGGCUAGAACCAGAAGAAUGGUUCAAUUUGAGGCCCGUUAA